UGAAGUCGAAAAUGAGCGGUGCAAAUAUCGUCCUCACUGGAGUUGCUCUAAUCGCAAGUGUUUUGCUGGCCAGUGCUUGUAAUGGCGGCUACGAAUUGAUUAUUCAUAAAAUCGAAAACUGCAAAGGAAGUGUCAUUUCAAUCGAUCCCCAAUCUGUGGUCACCCUGACGGAAGAUUGUAAAGUCAAUUCCAAAUCCACUGUGACAACGACUGGCUUCAAAGAUGCGGAGAUGACAGUAAAGGUUUCGAAAAAUGGGAUACCGGUGGUGAAGGAAAAAAUGAAUCUCUGCACCAUGAUGGAGGAUUCGAAGGGCAACAAGGAUGCAGCGGAAAUCAUGACCAUGUUCGGUGUCCCGGAUGAAUGUCCCGUGACGGCUCAGGAGAUAAAAACGGACGAAAGUCAGGAGUACAGCUUGGAAAAGUACAAACAACACCUAAUGAUGGCCGAGGGACAGAUCCUGGUGGAUUGCCAAAUUACUCACGAUUCGGGAGAAAGCUGCAUCAAAAUUCAAAUGGAAGUGAAGAAACCAGGUGGAAUGCUGGGAUAAGUUUGAC